AGCUCCCCGGGCGGGUUGCAGAGCCAUGUGAACACCGGGAAGUCUGAAUCUUUUAUCGGAGGCAUGACAGAUUGCACGAUUGUGACACUGCUGUUUGCUCCUGCAUGGCCGCACAUUACUCCACUCAUCUACCCGCUUGCAUCGACCAAGGGGGACACGGUCCUCUUUCUAGCCGGGUGCCGCUGCGCACAAUCGGUGCGCUCCUGCAAUCUGACUGCGCCCAGGCAACGGUCAGUGGAGCUCUCCAUGCCUCCGAGCCUCAGAUAGACACUUUCCCUCAGCGGGAUCCAACGCACCGACGCCCUUUAUAAUCCAUUAUUGUUACAUUCCAAGUCUACAGUGGAAGAGGAGCACAAAAAAGAGCGUCAUCUGCAAGUUUACGCGUGUUUUCGCAGCCUCUGGACGAUGGCGGUGCUGGCGAAAGCUGCCCUGCUUCUCCUGGUUGUCACCGUGUCAAAAAUUGCUUUGUGUGCAGAGGUGGAGGAACGUCUUGUGGGUCACCUGUUGUCGGCAGACCGCUACAACAAACUGAUCAGACCAGCCGUCAACAACAGCCAGCAAGUCACCAUUUACAUCCAAGUGUCUCUUGCCCAGCUCAUCAAUGUGAAUGAGCGGGAACAGAUCAUGACCACCAAUUGUUGGCUAACCCAGGUGUGGAACGACUACAGAUUAAUGUGGGACCCCGAUGAGUACGAUGGCAUCAAGAAAAUCCGCCUCCCGACACAACACAUUUGGCUGCCAGACAUUGUCCUCUACAACAAUGCUGACGGCACCUACGAAGUCUCCUUCUACUCCAACGCGGUGGUCUCCAACAACGGUGAGGUGGCUUGGCUCCCUCCCGCCAUCUACAAGUCGGCCUGCAAGAUUGAGGUCCGCGACUUUCCGUUCGACCAGCAGAACUGCACCCUCAAGUUUCGCUCGUGGACGUACGACCACACUGAGAUCGACCUCAUCCUCCUGAGUGACUUUGCCAGCCGCGACGAUUUUAAACCCAGCGGCGAAUGGGAUAUUGUGUCGUUGCCGGGACGCAAGAACGAAGACCCCGAUGACGUCAGGUACCUGGACAUCACUUACGACUUCAUCAUUAAGAGAAAACCUCUCUUCUACACCAUCAACCUGAUCAUCCCUUGUAUCCUGAUCACAUCUUUGGCCAUCCUGGUCUUCUACCUGCCGUCAGACUGUGGUGAGAAGAUGACGCUGUGCAUCUCAGUGCUCCUGGCCCUCACUGUGUUUUUACUCCUUAUCUCAAAGAUUGUGCCACCCACAUCUUUAGCGGUGCCUCUGAUCGGGAAGUACCUGAUGUUUACCAUGGUGCUGGUCACCUUUUCCAUCGUCACCAGUGUUUGUGUGCUCAACGUGCACCAUCGCUCCCCUAGUACGCACACCAUGCCUCCUUGGGUCAAACGCGUCUUCAUGUACCAACUUCCCUCCUACCUUUUUAUGCGGAGACCUGGCAGAUCCAACAUACGCGAGAGGUUCCGGAAAAAACACCAACAGCGGUCGUACUCGGAGAAGAAAGCAGGGGCGGACGCGGGGACAGGUUCUCUGGGACUGGCUGACUGCUCGUCAUCCUUCUACGUCAACGAGGAGUCGGCCAAGCGCUACGGCUGGACGUUCAGCGACUUUGCCGACAACACAGAAUUCAGGAAGAGGACGACACUGAAAAGCAACAUCGAUGUGGAGGAUGCCGUGGAUGGUGUGCGCUACAUUGCGGACAAGAUGAAGAGUGAGGAUGAUGAUGAAGGGAUCAUUGAGGAUUGGAAGUAUGUUGCGAUGGUGAUCGACCGACUUUUCCUUUGGAUUUUUGUGUGUGUAUGUGUGGUAGGAACCGUGGGCCUCUUCAUGCAGCCUCUGUUCCAAAGUUACAACACACCUAUUAUUGAAGACAUGGACCAGAACUGAGCAAUGACACCCAAACUCUGGGAAACAAAACUAACAAAAAGAAACAAAAAAAACAACCUAAAUUCCUACUACGCCUCUCUUCAAAGCGCCAGAUCAAUGUUUUCAUCACCUGACGUUCUGAUGCACCCCCUCUUCCUCGAGCACUUGUUCUGCUUCUGAACUCACUCCCUAGUCUUUUUGACUUGUGCUUGUCCUGCCAUCUUCUGAUCAAGCAGGAGAACUGAGAUUCAUGUGGUUUUGAAGAAGAAAUUGCUGCGUUUGUUGCUUUCCUUUGUUUGAGCAAGGUCACUAAUCGUGAAGCUCCCUGACGGGUUAUUAUAUGUUAACAAUGUUGGGUCCAAUUGAUCUUCCUUGGUUAACCCAUUGAUUCUCAUGAUAAUUUAAAUUGACACUCUUUGUCCUUGUUCACCCUAACGUUGUUUAAUCGCAUUUAGGUCAGGCUCUUGAGCAUUAAACUUAUUCAAGCUUCCAUUAAGGGACCUUGCUUUAUGCAGUGGGACGCAAUCAUGCUGAAACUUAAAAGUAGCUUCCCUAAACUCACAGUCUGGAAUAUCCUGUUAAGAUUAAUAAUCCAAGCUAAAGAGGGAUUCAAAGGAGAAAAAGCAUGUCCAAAGCCUAUAGUCCAUGUAGUGUAUUGUACAUUUUCUUGUUGUGUCCCAAGAUGUUAGCAACUAUUUUGACUUUGCCAAUCCAUUAGUGGAGAUGAAUACAAAUUAUGGCGAGGGUUCAAUUAUGUCUUGAUGAUCUAUACAAAUCAAAAGUUGUGUUAAAUGGUGUUCACAAUGUUCUUCACUUGCAAAAAAAAAUAUUUCUACUCCCAACGAUCUGUUUCAAGCAUGGCACCAGUAAGAUCAGUUAUGAGCAAAAAAGCAGACAAAAUAUUCCAGCAGUAACUAAAGUUUCAUCAUAAGUGCAUCACAAGUUUUGCCUCAACCUGUGCACUGGAUAUCACCUCGUAUACCCAGAUAGCAUGUUCAUAACUCUUACUGUGAAUCGGAUCAAACCUAACUAUGAGUGGCUCAAGAUCUUGUUCUGACUCUUUUGUGAAUUAUUUUCUACUCUCCUAGCUCCACAUGCAUGAAACAAAACCCUAGUUCCCUUUCCCAAGAGCCCAAAGACAAACAACAGAUAAAGACAUUAAAAACGCACACAUCGUGCCAGUAAGGGAACUAUCAAUGAGCCCAACAGAAGAAGAUCACCUCCAUGCGUUCUCUCCCAGUAGCACACAUGCCGUAAUAUUACUGAGUCGCACAACCAUUGGAAGAGCAAUUUGUUUCACUCUCAGAUACACACAUGCUAGUUUGUGGAACCAGACUGGUGCACACCAAGCCGAGGGAUUGCUUGCAAAACUGAUGACCUUAAGCUUCUCAUUUUUUCUUCUAAAUGGUACUAAAAAAUAACAUUUUUUUUCACGACCAUCACCGAGGAAAUUACAGCAAUAACAUUCUAUACUGACAGAAACAAAGAAGCCAAAUAGCUUCACCUCCCUCGUUUGCUUUUCCUGUCUAGAAUUCUUGUCUGUUCUCUGAGAUGCAUUCAAGUUAUUUCUACAAAGAAGUGUAAGUUACUGUCAUUACAUCUGUUGCUGAGGCUAAUGUGAGUAAAAAAACAAACGUGUGCUGCAUCUUGUGCUGGUUUAAUUUGAAGUCGUUUUGCCUGUCUUGUGGAUGGAUGUAAGGAAACUGAGUUGAUGUCAGUAACUAGAUCAAUAAAGGAGAGUGGAAGCAA